CAGUAUCCCACAAUCCUCUUUGUUACCGAUUUGCGCUCUGCUUUCUGAUUCACAACACACCAAGUUUUGUCGACAUCCCACCAUACAUUUGACAAUUUAUAACCUUUCUUUAGGUCUGCAUUCACCGUAAUGUCGUCAGAUAGUUAGAACUAACGGAUUCGUUGGUAACGUUAGGUGAUGUUUUGACCGUGAACCGGAGAUCUCUGCAGGGAUUCGAGUCGUCAGAAGAUGGCCCCUACCAAGAUGAAACUGCGUGUCCGGCGGCGGGAGAGCGGAGGAGGUGGUCAGGAACAGGAAGAAACCUCUAAGACCUCCUCUCAGUCGGUGUCGGCCGAAGCGUCUCCUGACUCUAAAUGCCCAAUCUGUCUGGACCGUUUCAACAACAUGUCUUACCUGGACAGGUGCCUCCAUCGUUUCUGCUUCCGGUGCAUACAGGAGUGGAGCAACAACAAGGUGGAAUGUCCUCUGUGUAAACAGCCGUUCUCCUCCAUCCUUCACUCGAUCAAGGCCCAGGACAACUUUAAAGAGUUUACUCUCAGGCCUCCUCCUGUUCCGGGGGAGAACGGUACCGCAAUGAUCGCAGCUGCCGAAGCAGCCGCCGCUGCCCUGGUAACCGCCAGGGUCGGUGGUAGUCGUGGAGAACGAAGGAGGACGAGGAGAAGAGGAGGGGGGCAGGGGAGAGGAGGGAGAGAGAGGAGACAGUCAGGACGACUGUGGAGAGGGAGGGGACUCUCUUCUGCUCCUCCUCUCCCUCCUCUUCAUCCCCCUCUUCUACCCAGGCCCGAGGAUGGAGGAAUGAGAGGAGAGAUGGAUGGAGAGGACCCGGGGGUCAUCUUUGAUGGGCUGACUGGCGUGUCCGCCCCACCACCUCACGAUCGAGGGGUGCAGCGUCUCAUGGUGCGUCUGGCUGCUAGGCGACGGUCCCAGAGAGAGGGGCGCUCCGUGAGACUGCUCCGACCACGGGAGAUGCUUUCUUUCCGCCGGGCGCUCUACCGCAGUGGCGUACGUGUCAGGAACGCCCGCGGGGGCUGUGAGAGGCCCCGUGACAUCACUGCUGCGUUUUACCAGCGGAACCCGGUUGCUCUCCAUAGACUACUCCCCUGGUUACAGCGGGAGCUGACGGUGCUGUACGGCGCCCAUGGCUCAUUGGUCAACAUCGUCCAACGCAUCAUCACCUCGCGAAUCGCACGUCACGACAUGGAGGGAGGGGGUGGGGCCAUCCAGGACGAACUCCGUCCCUUCCUGCUGGCGAGGACUGAUCACUUCCUUCACGAGCUUAUCAGUUUUGCACGUUCCCCUCUCAGUAUGGAAGUGUACGACCAGCUGUCCAUCUACGACCCUCCAGCGCCGUCCUACGAGGACAGGAUGACAUCAUCAUCCAGCGACACUGACGACUCUGUCAUCGCCAUUUCGGAUGAAGAGGAAGAGGAAGGAGGGUCGGAGGGAGAACGAGAGAGACGACCGGUGUCGGUAGCAGGAAGUAGCGCUCUGAGCCAAUCUGCUUGGGACGAUGAAACACCAGGACCCUCCUACUCUACAGCUGAGCCGUCCCAAUCCCCCAUGCCGCUGUCGAUCAGCCCAGGGGGGAGGGACUCUGGUCCAGCGGGGGCUAAUCAGAAUCCUGCUCAGGACAUGACAGCGGCAGGGAAUGGAGAGAGGGUUGAGGAGGGAGGAGAGGAAGAGGAGGGGGAACAAUGUAUGAUAGUAGGGUUUGUUAAAGCCAUGGCUGAGAGAACUCCUGAACUGGUCCAACUCUCCUCUGACCCCUCAGACGAAGAGGGGGAGAAACAGGAGACGAAAGAGACUGUUCCACAAACAGUGUUAACCCCUCUCUCUCUCGUUGUCCCUCCCCUCUCCAUUCCAGUUCCCCCCAUGUCUCUGUUUAAAAACACCAGCACAGAAAGACAGGGAGGAGGGGGAGAGAGACAGGGAGGAGGGGGUGAGAGAGGACUGGGAGUAAGACAUCUAGACAGAGAGAGAGAGCAGGUAGAAGAGAGACUCCUCUAUUGCCCUCUAGGGGAGAGAAGGGAGGGCAGACAGCGAGAGCGGUCGUGUUCAGGAUCGCGGUCCAGAAGCAGACAUCGGUCAGCGAGCGUUUGGUCGCGGUCCGGUCGGUCCAGGAGUUCUGAACGGAGCUGGUCAGCACGGAGCCCCGUGUCCGUACGGAGCGACGACAGCAGCCAGGAACGGCGCCGGAAGAGACGGAUGAGAGAGCGGGAGAAAAGGAGACAGGAGAAAGGAAGAGGCUCCCACGACAGAGGCUCCCACGACAGAGGCUCCCACGACAGAGGCUCCCACGACAGAGGCUCCCACGACAGAGGCUCCCACGACAGAGGCUCCCACGACAGAGGCUCCCACGACAGAGGCUCCCACGACAGAGGCUCCCACGACAGAGGCUCCCACGACAGAGGCUCCCACGACAGAGGCUCCCACGACAGAGGCUCCCACGACAGAGGCUCCCAUAGACAACACAGCAGAGAGCACAGGAGAGAGACCAGUGGAGGAAGUGAGAGGAGCAGAGGUAGAGCGAGAGAAAGGAUUCCAUAUGAACCAGCCAGGUCCCAAUAUUCUAACACAGGAAUAUUCUUUAGUCCGGAAAACAGCGUCCUAUCCCAUUCCCCGUCCUUAUCCCGGAGUAGCCAGCGAGGACCAGAAUCUCCUGGGGAACACCGGCAUUCCCGGUCCUCUGACAGCCUCUCUUCCUCCAGCUCCCUGUCCCAUCUCUCUGCACACAGACAGCAUUCCCGACAUUCCCCACGCUCCGACAAGCCGGGAGGGAAGAGGAAAUAUAAGACACGGCAUCUGGAAGACCCUUCCUGGGAGCCAUCCGGCUCUGCACGGAGAGAGAGGGGGCGAGGGGGGACAGAGGCCACCGCUAGCCCCCGGAAAAGCAGAGGCAGUCUGGAAGACAGUGUGAAGAAGAGGAGACGUCAGUCCCGCAGCCCCAGUGUCGAAAUCAUCUAUGAAGGCAUGACCGUGACCACUGCUAGCCCCAUACGACCCAAACACAACCACAAACGCGACGGCAAACACCGGAGAAAACAACGUCACGACCGCACCCUCCAACGCUCUCCCAUGGUCAUCACUAUAGACAGCGACAGUGACAACAAACACGCGGUCCAAACGACCAGUCUGGAAGAUGACCUCGCUCUGGAUUUCUCUGAGCGUUCUCUGACCGUGCCUGGUCUUCCACUAGGCGGCCACAACCUGGACGUGGGGGUUGAUAUCAGUGAUUUUGCGGUCGAUGUUCUCGACCGUUCUCUGAGUGUUUCGGACCAUAACUCGGACCUUGACCACAAUGACGGAAUCGACCAUAAAACGGAACUCGAUGACGACUGUGUGGUUGACGUUUCUGUCACCGUCAAGGACCGCGUUCUGAACACAAACACUAAUGCGGUCGACCGUCCCCAGGACGCAGACGGUUAUGUUCUCCCCCAGGUCAAUCUUACCUGUGACCCUGGGUUCGCGACCUCUGACUCUCAUCUCCUAGCGACCAUCCUAAAGGACCUAGAACACAUCACACUCCCUAACCUGAACCCAGACCCUAACCACAGCCGUAAUUCAACCACACCGGACCACAGGGAGAACGCCAGGGAGAACGCCAGGGAGAACGCCAGGCUGGCCCGAGAGAACGCCAGGGAGAACGCCAGGGAGAACGCCAGGGAGAACGCCAGGGAGAACGCCAGGCUGGCCAGAGAGAACGCCAGAGAGAACGCCAGGGAGAACGCCAGGCUGGCCAGAGAGAACGCAAGGGAGAACGCCAGGGAGAACGCCUGGCCGGCCAGAGAGAACACACCGACUCCCUGGUCCUCUGAGGGAGAGACUAACUUCAACAGCCCUGUUUCACCUUCAGCCAAUCACUCUCCGAGUUCUGAAUCAUUCACAGACAACCACUCUGCUAGUCCUAUAUCUCCUGUAGGUCACCCUGCUAGUCCUAUAUCUCCUGUAGGUCACCCUGCUAGUCCUAUAUCUCCUGUAGGUCUCCCUGCUAGUCCUAUAUCUCCUGUAGGUCACCCUGCUAGUCCUAUAUCUCCUGUAAGUCACUCUGCUAGUUCUAUAUCUCCUGUAAGUCACUCUGCUAGUCCUAUAUCUCCUGUAGGUCAUCCUGCUAGUCCUAUAUCUCCUGUAGGUCACCCUGCUAGUCCUAUAUCUCCUGUAGAUCACCCUGCUAGUCCUAUAUCUCCUGUAGGUCACCCUGCUAGUCCUAGAUCUCCUCUCGGUCACUCUGACAGUCCUAUAUCUCCUGUAGGUCACUCUGCUGGUCCUAUAGGUCACUAUGCUAGUCCUGUAGGUCACUCUGCUGGUCCUAUAGGUCACUCUGCUGGUCCUAUAGGUCACUCUGCUGGUCCUAUAGGUCACUCUGCUGGUCCUAUAGGUCACUCUGCUGGUCCUUUAGGUCACUCUGCUGGUCCUAUAGGUCACUCUGCUGGUCCUAUAGGUCACUCUGCUGGUCCUAUAGGUCACUCUGCUGGUCCUAUAGGUCACUCUGCUGAUCCUGUAGGUCACUCUGCUGGUCCUAUAGGUCACUCUGCUGGUCCUAUAGGUCACUCUGCUGGUCCUGUAGGUCACUCUGCUGGUCCUAUAGGUCACUCUGCUGGUCCUAUAGGUCACUCUGCUGGUCCUAUAGGUCACUCUGCCGGUCCUGUACAUCACGACUCUAGUGCAGUAUCACCCAUUGUCCACCAUUCUAAUAGUCCUUUAUCAUCACCCAUAGCUGGCUCUAUAUCGGUGGAAAAUCCCCGCUUGCCUUCUAGCACUGGGUCAUCUGUAUCGGCCAGGCAUGAUCAGGAGGGGCCUGUAUCGGCCAGGCAUGAUCAGGAGGGGCCUGUAUCGGCCAGGCAUGAUCAGGAGGGGCCUGUAUCGGCCAGGCAUGAUCAGGAGGGGCAUGUAUCGGCCAGGCAUGAUCAGGAGGGGCCUGUAUCGGCCAGGCAUGACCAGGAAGGGCCUGUAUCGGCCAGGCAUGACCAGGAGGGGCCUGUAUCGGCCAGGCAUGAUCAGGAGGGGCCUGUAUCGGCCAGGCAUGAUCAGGAGGGGCCUGUAUCGGCCAGGCAUGAUCAGGAGGGGCCUGUAUCGGCCAGGCAUGAUCAGGAGGGGCCUGUAUCGGCCAGGCAUGAUCAGGAGGGGCCUGUAUCGGCCAGGCAUGAUCAGGAGGGGCCUGUAUCGGCCAGGCAUGAUCAGGAGGGGCCUGUAUCGGCCAGGCAUGACCAGGAGGGGCCUGUAUCGGCCAGGCAUGACCAGGAGGGGCCUGUAUCGGCCAGGCAUGACCAGGAGGGGCCUGUAUCGGCCAGGCAUGAUCAGGAGGGGCCUGUAUCGGCCAGGCAUGAUCAGGAGGGGCCUGUAUCGGCCAGGCAUGAUCAGGGGGGCCUGUAUCGGCCAGGCAUGAUCAGGAGGGGCCUGUAUCGGCCAGGCAUGAUCAGGAGGGGCCUGUAUCGGCCAGGCAUGAUCAGGAGGGGCCUAUACACUAACACGGUAUACAGCACUGACUGAUCACCUGGACACACACUUACAUGAACUGCCCCACACACACACACACACACAGUCACACACACACACACACCAUUUGAAUAUGCUGAGGUUGUUUAACGUGGUUUGAUUUGAAACCUGUUGUCUUCUACAAAAUGGACUCUUGAAUGAAACUAUCUUUCUGCAGGAAAAAAAACAAAUAAAAUCACAUUUGACAAUAAAUUUA